CAUACUAAGAUUUGAUUCAAAUAAAUUUUAAACGAAAAAAAUUAUUUAGUAUACAAUACUUUGAAAAAAUUUCAAUACCAGUUGGAAAUUUUUGUUAAAUUCACAGUGUGCAAAAAUUUAGUGUUAAUUAAAUCCUAGGAUUAUAUGUUUAUAAACUAGUCAUUUUUAGGUUCUCCGCAGAAUCCUAGACAGAAUGGCCGAUUGUACAAUUACGGAAUCUAAGCAGUCAGUGAUUAAAACCAUUGAUAAUUGUGCCAGAAAGCGUAGAGAGUCAAAUAUAGAGAGGACUUCGACAAUCGGCAGUCUCUUUGCGGCUUUAUUUCUGAUUGUGCUGGUCACAAGAGUUGAUGAAACUACCGCCAGUCCUAGCUCAAAAGAUGAUCCCCCUCCCUCAUAUUGGCGCAAAGGAUAUUCGGGACACGGCACAACUCACGAGGAGUUGGGUUCUCUCCACUUUGCCGAAGUUGAAUUCUCACAGUACGUGCCUUCGACAAACUACUCCCAGAGAGAGAAUAUCACAAAAUUGUGGGUGGAUGUUGUUUUCAAACUUUCGCGAAAAUUUUUUGACAAAAUGUUUCCCCUUGAUCCGUCCAUCCCAAGAGGCUACAUAAAGGACUUGGGUAAAGAUAACAUGAGGUUGGGACCGAUGGUUAUAAAGGACGAUUGGGCGGGUUGGUUGAACUCAUUCUGGCUUAUGUGGGUAUGGACAAUCUUCAUGGUUGCUCUCGCUGUCCUGGCACCCUUUGCAGGUGUCUUGUAUUUCUGCUUCUGUUGCCAUCGUUGUAAGCUGGGAUGUCCAGCUUGCCAUUCGGGUGAACAUAAGAGGAAAAUUUGUGUUUGGGGCACCUGCUUGAUGCUAUUCCUUCCAUUUAUAGCUGCUAGCAUGGGCCUGGCUUUCCUCUCAAAUGGUAUGCUAGAACGCGGUAUAAUGAACACUCAGAAGACCCUUGAAAUGGGUAGCGUGGACACGUGUAACUUCUUGAAGGAUGUCGGCGAUCAUAUUCAUCAUUUGUUUGUGGUAAACUAUGAGGAGCUGGAGACACAUCUGAUCUCUACUAUCAUGGAUGCACCCAAACAUUUGUUUAAGGACUUAAACGAGGUCGCGGAAGGUAAUGCUGUCGCGGAACUAGCCAGGAUUUUUCGCAAUCUUGGUGAGGCAGCCAAGGCUUUUAAAUUGGUCGAACAAUGGCAAGAAACCUCAAUGAAGGAUGCCUAUACACUAAGAAAUACUCUCCGAAGUGUAAAGCGCGACGCUGACUACGCGGCGGCGGUGCUCUGUGGCAGUUUAGAAUGCAUAAAGUUUCUGCAUACCACAGAAAUUAAUUUUUUCGACACAUCCAAAUGCCUUCACUUGGACGAGAUGCCGGAACCAAAAGCUAUGAUAGCAGAUUUGACUGCGUUUGAAAAAUAUUCAGAAAGACCAGUACUAUGGUUAGCACGUCUCCGUAAUGUUAGUAAAAAGAUUAAGAACGAGAUGGAACGAGUUUCACCACCGAUAAUUCGAGACAUACGCAAGGGAAGGAAGCUGUUUGCCGCAGAGUCGAGGAGAAUAGAUGAAAUAAUUGAAGUGGUCAUUAGUGACAUUCACCUUGGCACUAUACGUGCGAGCAGGGCGUUUGAGGAUCUUUACGACAAAUUUAAUGAAACACGUUACUAUGUCGUUCUAUAUAUCGCUGUAGCCGUAGGUUUGCAACUGAUAAUACUGGUUUUGGCUUUGCUAAUGGGCUGUCUGCUAAAACGGCCCACCGGAUCGGAUAGUGAAUAUUUUACUACUAGGAUAGCGUCGUACUUGCUGUUAUUAUCCAUUUCUUUGAUAUUUUGUAUGCUAUCCGUCAUUCUGAUGGUGUCGUUGUUUUAUUUUGUAAUUGGUGGUGUGGCGUACAAAGGCGCAUGCGCACCACUCAGGAAACAGAAGCAAAGUGCGCUUCUCAAACACCUAGACUCACAGAUAGAUCUCCGGACGAUGUUUUCUGACCCCGGCAAUGUGGAUAUGACAACACCAGCUUCCAAUCAAUCAGCCAAGGCAAUCAAAGUAUCGAGUGUUAUCAAGGCGUGCGAGGGCGACAACUAUCUUUUUAAUUAUCUGCUCGAAAACAGGAUCUUUGACAUCAACGAUUUUCUGCGUGUGAAGAUAGUGACCCCAGCAGCAAGGAGUUACGAUAAAGAUCUUGAUCUAUCAAAGGAUUUUAUACUGACGGAGGAGGACCGGGAAGUAGUUUUAACCAAAAUGGAGGAUUCUCCGAUGGGGUUGUAUCAUAGCAGCUUAUAUAUGAAUAUUAUUUGCGAAGACCUCAACAUAUUAAAUAUGGACGGGAUGGGCCAGAAGCUCAGAGCUAUGGGAAAAGCGAUAUCAUGGAAUAAAUAUCCUUUUGCCGCUGUCGCUUUCGAACACGGGUUUCUUACUCUCAAGGCAAUUAAGCCGCCCUAUUUUAAUGCGCUAAGUAGGGAUUUUAAGAAAAUGGCUGCUAAACUUUACCUAAUGGAUAAGCUUAUUUUAUACGAGAACUUCAACUUUGCCGAUAGCCUCAAAAUAUUGAAAGAAAAAGUUGUGGAGGCCGAAAAAUUUAUACAGAAUAAGGGAACAACUUAUAUAUCUACUCUUGGCCAAAACCUAACCGCAGUGAUUGAGGAACAAAUCAAUGCAUAUAUCAGAAUGAUAGUCAAUGAAGCCCACACAAAGAUCGGUCGCUGCAAGCCUCUGACCUACAUAUACGAACGCGGCCUGGACUUGGUUUGCAAACGCAUAGUUGACCCCAUAAACGGCUAUUGGAUAGGUGUAUUAAUGGCGGCAUUCCUUCUGAUCCCCGUGGCCUUUAUAGCUCAUCGUCUGCAGUGCCUCUUUAAACAACAUAGGGUGGUUCCGAUAAGGGCCAUCAGAGCACGGAAAAUUGAUGAUAAUCCAUGCCCCUUCUGCCAUCCAGACCCAAAGAGGACGUUAGGUGGUCAGGAAGAUACUACCAGUAUAGAAACUGUGAAUAUCGACGAUGCUGACAGAAAGAAUAAAUUGGAUUAGUGAUGAAAAUUUGUAUUAGAUAUUAUAAAUUGUUGCAACUCGUUGAGCUUUACAAUAUAAAUAUAGAAUCAAUUAA